CAACCUCACGGCCUUCCCUCCUAAGCUGGUGGUGGAGCAGUUGACCGUGAUGGAUGCGGAGCUCUUCCGGAAGGUGGUGCCCUCUGAGUGCCUGGGCUCCACCUGGGGCAAGAGGAAAAAGCCCAGCAAAGAGCACCUGGCACCCACCGUCCGGGCCACGAUCGACCACUUCAGAAGGGUGGCCAGCCUCGUCGUCACCACCUGCUUCGGGGACCCGAGCAUGAUGGCCCAGGACAGGGUGAGGGUGGUGGAGCGCUGGAUCCAGGUGGCCCAGGAGUGCAAGAUCUUGAAGAACUUCUCCUCGCCCCACACUGUCAUCUAUGUUCUGAAGAAAACCAUCAUAUGCCACCUGAAGAACACAUGAGGGAAGUUUCCCGGAGGGCCCCUCCACGUUUGCCCCCCGGAGAGCAACCCCCAGAGAGUGCAGGAGAAGCAGCAGCAGCAGCAGCAGCAGGGUGUCAUCCCCUAUCUUGGCACUAUCCUUGGUGACCUGCUUAUGCUGCGUCUGGCGAUGGGUGAUUAUCUCUAGGUGGGUGAACCUGAGGACCAGACAGGAAGGACCAGGAUCCUGAGCCUUGGGAUGCGAGAGCCCCCGAAAUGAGCUCCAAGCUCUCAGCACUUGACACAUCUCUCCUGAAUACCGAGUCAUGAGGGAGAUGCUGCUGCUCCCGGUGGCUGCAAAGAAUUACAACCAGAGCCGGAGGAGUGAUUUGGGUCCUGAUUCCAGGACAUGGAGCUGCUCAACGAGAAUGAUAGUUGAGGCUGUGCAGGAGUUGAGUGAGGGCAGGGGUGGACUCUCCAUGUUGGCCAGUCCAGAGAGCCUGUCUCCGUGGCCCCCUGCUCAGCCCCAGGCCUUAUUGCAUGGCGACCCUGGGACACCCAGACUCCAGCUGCUGGGCAGGCAGUGGGGGGAAACUCUGAGGUGUGGCUCCUGGUAGGCUCAGAGGUGCCUCUCUGUACUGUAGCUACAGCCUGUCCUGCCUGCUGGAGCCCCAGACCUAGUUGGCCAGCAGAAUAUUCAAGGCCAAGAAGAACCGGCCAUCAUCAAGUUCAGGGGUGAGAGAGUGCCUGGGCCAGGGUGACUGACUCCUAGGGGUUCAGUAAAGCUUUGAGCUAAGUGUGUCCUUGGGGAGUCCAAUAGCUGGCACUGGGAUCCCAGCUCCACUAUUGAGCAGUCCUGUGACUGGGGUGACUCUCUUCAGCUUCCUGAGACUCCGUUUCCUCCUCUGUGAAAUAGGUGAUACUAAAUGAUGGCUCCCGUGGCAGGGACAAAUGGGGUACUGGUGGCUGACAGCACUGAGCACAGGGUCUGCAGCACCCAGUUCAGUGGGGACAGGGUGGGGGGCCAUGAUUCUGAGGGAGGCCCCCCAAGAUAACCCGACUCUUC